UUCGAGACUCCACGUGUUGUCAUGGAAUUAUGCUAUGUUUAACAACCAAUCAGCAACUCCGUCACAAGGCCAGUACAAGAAGUGAAGUGGAAUGCUAUGCCGCGUUAAAAACAACUGGGAAAUCUCUGAUAUCUGACUUCAGUGCGUUCAAGACAACUGGGAACUCGGAAGAAAAAAAAGACUGGGAAUAAUCUUUUUGAACGGUCAUCCAACUUGGAAUUCCAAGUCUGAAACUCGGGCAUAUUUCUAAACCGCUGACUUUCCAACCUGAAGAUCACAGACGUCAUGAUUUGACCUCGUUUUUCUCGAGAUCCCAGUUGUCUGGAAAGCACCAUUGGCAAAACAGACUACCAGUUACUAAACCGGUCCCCAUGCUAGAGAAGAUGCGGUACUGUCAACAAAAUGCGACGAAAACGUCAUUUUAGCUCGUGACUGCAAUGUUACCAUGGAUACGUAUUGUUUACAAACACCUCUGGGCUGUCAAAUUAUAUUGUAGCCCAAUGGAAAUAGCCAAUCAUGACUUCUGAAGUGUACCUGGAAAUCGUGGGUUUGAUGAAAGAACACCAUUUUCAAAUUGCUAAGAGCAUUGCCGAGGGACUGAAACAGAAGUUUCCCACCUCGUUUUUGGAUCCAACAAUUCGUCCAUUACUCGAAUGUGACUGGCAUGUGUAUCUAACCAAUAAGAAAAGAGAGCUGAAAGGGGAGGUGUGGCAGUUCUCCAGCAACCUAAUGUGUUUCGUGAAUGGUUGUCUCCUUGGCAACGAGAAGGACCUGACCAGCUGGGCUGAGAAGCAGUGGGAGUUUACACUUAUCCGUCCACAUGCACUAUACCUGGCCCUCGCUGACGACUACUACUCUAAACACCUCCACAGCACUGGGCACAUGUUUGUUUACAUGGACAUUUCGAUCCGAGGGGACUCGGUUGGGAGAUUACUGUUUGAGCUGUUUACAGAGCUGUGUCCGAAGACGUGUAAAAACUUCCAGGCUCUGUGUACAGGGGAGGCGGGCCUGUCACAGAGUGACUUAAUCCUGUCCUACAAGGGUUCUGUGUUCCAUCGUGUGGUGCCCAAUGGCUGGAUACAGGGGGGAGAUAUAUCUGCACCAGGCAAAGGCAACGGAGGGGAGUCAAUCUACGGGCCAACUUUUGAAGGUACAGACGCAGGCCUAACAUCAAGUUACUACUCUACAGUGUUAAUACACAUGCCUAGGGAAAUGUAUUCGGAUGAGAGCUUUGCAGUCUCCCACAGUAGGAGGGGCAUCCUGGGAAUGGCCAACCAGGGUCCUCAUAGCAACGGCUCUCAGUUCUACAUCACCCUGCAGCCCGCCCUUUGGAUGGACAGACAAUAUGUGGCUUUCGGUCAAGUGGUUGAAGGCACAGAGCUUCUGAGGAGACUUGAGGAAGUCCCAACCUACAAUGAAAGACCCAAACAAGACUGUAAAGUAGCAGACUGUGGAGUGUUUGAACCCUGACAUAACCUUAACUGCAUAUUUUUAUUAAAACCCAGUUUGACAACUGGUCCAGCUCUAUUUUAUUCUUGGUAUAUUCAGUUAAGCUCAGUAAAUUAAAGCUUUAGUCACUGGGGAAUUGGAUUUGUAAUAAAUAUAUACAGUACCAU